AUGAAUUCGACAUUCGAUCCUUUCGAGCAGAGUUUCACUCUUCAGCGUUCUGAUGGAAAGACGUUCAAUACCUCGUUGGUGAUUGCGGAUCACAACAUGGAGUACAUGCUUCGUUUGAGCAUCAAUUAUGGAACGCAACUUGGCGCAUCGAUCGUGCUCCUACUGAUCCUUAUGCUUCUGACAAGACCCGAGAAGCGCCUAUCGUCGGUGUUCCUGCUGAACGUCGCUGCGCUGGCGUCGAACAUCGUUCGAUUAGUCUGCCAGAUCAGUUACUUUUCCAGUGGCUUCGCAAAGACAUAUGCACUGUUGGCCCACGACUUUUCUAGAGUUGCGCAGGCGACCUAUGCUAGCCAGGUCAUGGCGUCGGUCUUCUUCACCUUGGUCCUGGUUUGCGUAGAGAUCUCCUUGGUCCUGCAGGUUCAGGUGGUUUGUUCCAACCUCCGGCGCCGGUACAGACAUCUUCUUCUCGGUGCCUCGAUACUUGUCACGCUUAUCCCGAUUGGCUUCCGUCUUGCUUUUAUGGUCGAGAACUGCAUCGUUAUCGUGCGCUCGGGAAACAUGAAGAACUACCACUGGCUAGAAAGCGCCACGAACAUCGUGGCAACUGUGAGCAUCUGCUUCUUCUGCGCAAUCUUCGUCGUCAAGCUUGGCUUUGCCAUCAAAAUGCGCAGAAGGCUCGGUGUAAAGGAUUUUGGGCCGAUGAAGGUCAUCUUCAUCAUGGGCUGCCAAACCAUGAUCAUCCCAGCUCUGUUCUCCAUCUGCCAGUACUGGGUUAAUAUUCCCGAAUUCUCCCAUAACCUCCUCACCCUCGUCACCAUCUCGCUCCCUCUCUCCUCCAUCUGGGCCGGAUUCACUCUUGAUAGUUCAAACAACACAGCCAAUUCCACAGCCUCCCGCCGCAACCUGUGGAACGUGCUCUCCUCUAACGGCACCGUACAAGACAAGCCCAAUCUGUCAGCGUGCUCGCCUGUCGCCUCGCCAAACACCACAUGCUACUCCGAUCCGUACUCUGGGAAACCUCACCACCAGGACCUGGAGGCGGGCUUUGGCAUCUCGGUCGAACACGACAUUUCCAUCCACAGCUACAGAAAGGAUGCCCAUUCGGAUGUGUGA